CUCUGCGCCGCGCAGUGCACAGCGACGAUGCCCGACAUGAAGGAGGCCCGCCUGCUCGGCACCCCCGUGCAGCGCAACGCCCCUCGCGCCGCCUCCCCUCUCAACCAGUCGCAGUCGGUCAACGAGCCCGCCUCGCCAACCCUCUCGACCACUUCCCGCCAGCCCUCAGCCUCCUCGGCGCCUCAACGACCACAGCCCUCCGCCGCCGACCUCAAGGCCGCCGCUGCCGCCGCCAUCGCCCGCACGAGGAUCCAGGCCGAUCCGAGCAUCUCGAGCGCGUUCAGGAGGGAGGACGACGAGGAGCUGUGGUCGCUGUUCACUCGGUGAGCGGCGAGCGAGGAGGGAGCUUGGGGUCGGGCGGGCGUGUUGGCAGUGUGCCUCGAGGAGUGUUGUAACACGUGCUUUCUGUGCUCAUC